AUGUCAGCAGUGGCGACGUCUACGUUCCUUAACUCGGUCAAGGCUUUCUACCCGACUCGAAAAGGUGUUGGCACUGUGGUGAAUCCUUGGUACAUCGUCGCUGCGGUCGCAUUCAGUGCAAGUAACAAACCGGAGGGUGUAUCCGAAGUAUUCCGAUAUGUGCUGCAAGAGCUUCCACUGGCCAGUCAAUUGGCGGACCGUCGCAUGAUUGCUGGCAAACUGCGGGAAGCAAUCUUCAAGUCAGGAUUGAUCAGUGGAUACCCUAAGGCAAUCAACAGUUUGAAAGCUUUACACGAGGCAACUCCAGAGGAACUUCGCGAAACGAAAAUACAGAGAGAUACAGGGCUUUCCUUGACCGAGUACGAGAAACGGGGAGAUGUUUUCUGGAGGUCUGUUUACGGCGAUACCGCCGAUAACAUUCAGGUUAUGCUGAAUUCCAUUUAUCCAGACAUGGGCUGGUUUUCUAAGACGAUUGGGUAUGGCAUCACAUAUAGCAACUUCGAAAUCUUGUCGCCGUUGGAGACGUCAUACGCUCUGGUUGCAUCAUUGAUUGCCGGAGACACACCCCAGCAGAUUGCGUGGCAUCUAGAUGGUGCACGAAGAGGCGGGGCCACAUUGGAGGAAGCUCAAGCAGUACGCAAGAUCGCAAUGGAGGUUGCAUCUCAUGCUGGUGUUCGUUGGCAGGAAGGUGUGCCGGAAAUUGUCAGUUGA